CAUUUUGUAAAUGAAUUCGAUAUAUUUUACAGCAGACAUAGCAGUUGCCAGCAUAGGAAAUGGCACCAUAAACAGCGUGAGCAACAAAUUGGACGUGGAGGCCAUAAACAAAAAGCUGGACUUCAUUGACUUCGACACCAGAAGACAGAGAAGAAAGAACACGCACAGGUCGACGUCUUCGUCUUCUGGAGAAAAGAAACAUUCUGAUGGUGAAAGUGGGGUAUCAGGAGAGUCUCUAGAAGAGUCAUCAUCGUCAUCAUCAGAGCAAAGAGUUCGCCCGGCUCAACCGAAAUCCAGCGCAGAGAGACCGGGAUGGAGAAAAUGGCAUCGCAAGUGCACCCCAUGCCCUGAGGAGAUGGGGAUGAAGUGGCGUGAUCCUCGGAUCAAGUGGAUCUGUGGCGCAUACCAGCGCGCGCGCCGAUCCUUUAAGAGCCUGUGCAUGAUGCAUCUGAGGAACUGCCAGGAUGGCACCAUGUUCACCAAGAUCCACGACCACCGCUGCAAGGACGACGAAGCCGGUGCCGAAGCCCCGCACGGCGAUCACUUCUUCUACGACUACAAGGUGCGCAUGAGUGGCGACACCAGCAAUACUGAGGACAGCGAGUCUACAUCUUUGGAGGACUCUUAUGUUUCUGUAUGA